AUGGAGCAGAGCGGUGGCGCCGCCAACAUGGCGACGCAGAUAUGCCACCAAAUCAGCUCCGUCUUCUCCCCGCCGUCGCCGUCGCCGCACGGCUCCCCGCUGGAUGUGCUCGUGGAGGAGAUCGCCGCCGCCGGCGGAGGCGGGAACAGGGUGUUCGUUCACGGGGUCGGGAGGGAGGGUCUCAUGCUCAGGGCCCUCUGCAUGCGCCUGUACCACCUCGGCCUCUCCGCCCACGUCGUCGGCGACGUCACGACCCCGCCGGCGUCCCCCGGCGACCUCCUCCUCGCCUCCGCCGGCCCCGGGGGGUUCUCCACCGUCGGAGCCAUCUGCGCCGUCGCCCGUGCCGCCGGCGGCCGCGUGAUCCUCCUCACUGCCCACCCCGACUCCGGCAGCGAGGCUCGCCGGAACGCCCACCGCAUCGCCUUCCUCCCGGCGCAGACCAUGGCGGACCCAGAAGAAGACGCCGUCGCGGCCACAGUGAGGCUGCCCAUGGGCAGCCUCUACGAGGGCGCCAUGUUCGUCCUCUUCGAGAUGGCGGUGAUCCGGCUAGCGGAGCUGCUCAGCCAGACCCCCCAAGACAUGCGCGCCCGCCACACCAACCUCGAGUAG